AUGGCGCAGGAAACCACAUUGGAAGCAAUGCCUGCUAUGGUUGAAAAACAUGAAUGGAAGAUCAUUGAAGGAAUCAAUGUGAUGGAUAUUAUGCAACAUGAUAAUCGUAUGACGGUUGUAUCCACAUAUACCAAAACGGUGCUUAUACUUGUUACAGUACAAAUAUCAGUAUCAUUUGUCAUCAUAAUGCUCUCAUCAUUACUUAAGAUGAUUGUUCAAGAAUCCGGACAAUGGAUAGCGUUCACUAUUGCUGGUUUAAUAAUUUUAAUUGCAUCUGUGAUAGCCCUUUUGAUUGCUUUCGUGAAGAAGAUAAAUGAGAAAUAUCCACUGAAUGUCGCACUUGUAAUUAUUUAUUCUAUCUGCAUGGCAACAUCAUUCGGAGUUUGGAAUGCACAGUUAGAUGCUAUUGUCAAACUUGCAGUCUUUGUAAUCAGUUUGGUAUUAUUCACAUGUGGAUUACUGAUUGGUGCAGCGAUUAAAACAGAUUUGGCGGAUCACAUAACUAGUAUUGGAUUAUCCCUUAUGGUUAUAUCUGUUGUCACUUUGAUAGUCGCGGUUGUGCUAAGUAUUUGGUAUAAUUUAAAGUAUUAUACGAUCGGUGUUCUCAUAGGUACACAAAUAUUAAUGUUCAUCGUAACAAUAUUUCUAAGUUAUUUAACUGUUGGCAAAUCAAGAUAUCUUCUCUUAUAUCCAAAUUAUGCAUUGGCAUCUAUAUUUUUAUAUACCGUAUUCUUUUUAACUUCAUCAAUCAAUACGGAUAUCAUUAAUGUCAACAAGACCAAUAGUUCUAUAUUCCAGUUCCAUAUAACAGAACAUUGA